AUGGAAAAUGCUUUUUUGCGUUCGGAACGAGUAAAGAAUCCGCCAAAGGCGCAUAUGUCGACUAAACCGCGGAAGAUGUUUGUAAGGCGCAAAAAGCAUGCCAAAGACCGGCUAGGACUCUGGAAGCCGUGCCGGGAGAAGUACUGCCCCAAGAAGCCUGAACGCUCCGGGUGCAACGUACACCUAACACCACCACGAACAACACAAACGAAAGAUAAUGAAACAGAGACGGCGUGGACGACGACGACGCAGGAAUUUAAUGUAGGCAGUGCAAAGCGAGGAUCAAAUGAAAGAUGUGGCUCACAUCGACAUGACUGGUAA